CAACUGACUGACAACGUGAGCGUGGAUUCCACUCCGGUGAUGGAUACUCCUGAACUGCAGAAAGCAGACCCAAUUCCUGCAUUAGUGGAGACUACUGAGGCCUUCUCUCCUGCUCCAAUAGAGGUGUCAUCCAUAAGUGGAGGCUCCCAGCCUUUCCAUGUCGACCAAGGUGCUCAUUUGACCCCACAAGAACAGCUUCAGCUCCCUGUGCAAAGCAACUUGAGCCCUGAUCAAUUGCUUUUGCAUCCAGCCAGUGGGAUGCAAUCUCAGCUGCCUCCAUCAAACUUGCCUGUUGAUCAGCCGGUAAGAAGCCUUUUCGGCUUCCAUGGGGCUGGGGUAAAUGUGCAUAAUAUGACCAACUACAUCACUCUGCCCACACCAAACUUGCCUCCAGAAAUUCACUUGCCAUCAUCUGCAAGAUUUCCUGGGUCCCAACUGAACCCAUCUUACUCACAAGUUUCGAGCCAGGUAGGAAAUGGCAUUGCUACCAGGACGCAGUGGGCUAACUCUCAUCCCCAGCAACAGAUCAACAUGUUUGAACCCUCAAUUCCAUCAAGGCAACAAGACAUUCAGGGCCAGAGACUGCUUGGACUCCUUCCUCAUGUGUCUCUGCCUCCAACUAAUAGCAUUUACCAAAGUGGAGGAUCUCCCUACCUUCAGCUUCCUAGCAAUCCAACUCAGCUGGGAAUGGGAGCCUACAACAUGGGACCACUUCUUCCUCUUCAUAUGGAAGAGCUGCCAGCGAUAGGGGACUUCAACAAUGGGCUAGGACUAGGAGUACAAGGACCCUUUCUGACUGGGAGCCAAAUAGGUAUGGGAGAGUCAUCACCAAGACAACCUUUGAGACCUCCCCUGGUGAACAUGACUUGGUCUGACAUUAUUCAUCCAACCCCCGCACCUGAGCUGACCAAUAGAGUCCCUCAAGUUCAAGGCACUCCCCGUCAGGUUCCCAACAAUAGGCCUAUAUUCAACUCAGUCUAUGAUCCAAUGUAUGAAGCCAUGGGAUUGCCCAUUGACCCCCAUCUGAGAAUGUUCCUUGCCAGCAAGCGUGAGCGUGAUUCAGGAAAGUGAGAGAAGGCAUGAACCAAAGGACCAGUGAAGCUGCCAUCAAUUUCUUCUUAUAGUUACCGUGCUGGUGCAAUGCCGAACAUUAUCAUUUUGGACAUCCUGUCUCUAAGUUUGAUUAGUUUUGGUUUAUCUCGGCUCCCUUCGACUAUUAAUGGUCUUGAACAUCGUUGUCGUUUAACCAUUUUCCCGGGAGAGCUUAAUAUUUCAGCAUGGUUUGGACAUAAUAAGCUGAUAUUUUUGGAUUGUCUUUCAUUCAAUUGAGGCAUUGGGCAAUGCCAAGACUUUAUAUUUCUUGAGAUUUAUCAGUU